CUUUUAUUUUCUAAACUCUUUUAUGUGAACGUGCAUCUUGAAGACUAUGAAGAUGAAUCUCCAAUAGCAGUCUUGCAUGACCUCCAUCGCAACAUCGAGACUCACAAGGAAGAGGUUUGUGCCAGUCUUGAUAAGAGCUGCUCUGAGGAAAAAGCAAUUCAUGAGUUUAUGAAGGCAAGUGAAAUCUUGAUGCGAAGAAAUGCAGCAGAUCUUGGAAAAAUAAGUGAGCUGUUCCAGAAAUAUGGCUACAAACCACGUGUCAAAGACUCUACAGAAGAGGAGGAUGACAUUAACAGUGAAUCAGCAAUGUCUGUCGAGAAUAAAUCUGAUGAAGAAAAAGCAAAUUAUAAACCCCACCUAUCUGCUUCUACAGAGAAGCCACCGUUGUCCAAGGACCCACUGCGUAGCCCUCAGCUCUCUGAUUUUGGUCUUUCCCAACUGGCUUUCUCCAGGCCUUGGAGUGUGGUGAAAACCCAGCACACACCAAGUGCACGUCAACAAAAGUCAAAGAGUGAGACUCCAUUAAAAUUGCCAACACCCCGGGCUUUGCCCAAAACACCAAAAUGUAGGCUAAAGAUGGAUGACGAGUGUGAACUUGAACACUUUGGCAUUAGUGAACAUACCAUGUGUAUGAAUGAAGAUUAUACCAUGGCACUUAUUCAGAAAACUUCUCAGGCAAUCAAAAAUUUAGUUAAAAGAGGAGACCAUAACAGAGGGAAUUUGCCAGAAAUGGCAGUCAAGGAAGUCAUGGUUACUCCUGCACCAAAAUCAAGUAAGAGAGCUGAGAAUGCAGCAGCUGACUGGAUGGCUUCUCCUAUGGUAUUUGUGUUCUGUACUCCUGAUGUGAAGUCCUCUUCCAAAACAAAUAAUACAAUGUUAUCAAGGUCACCAGAGACAAAGGAACUGCCUCUUCCCAGUAAUACAGCAACACCACAGUGUCCAGAUUUUCAAACAAGAUGGCUAAAAGCAGAAGCUAAGCAGCGGGUAACACCAGGGAGGAAGAUUGAGUCAGUGACAAAGAAUGAUGCAAAAGAUACACCAUACAAAGAAAAAAGAAUUCCUUUUGCUGCAAGCUCUGAUGAGUAUCUUAAACAUUCUAGGGACCCUUCCCCUCCCAAACUGGAACAGUAUGACCAUUUACUCAAUACUCCUCCACCUCCAGAAAUAACAAGGAUACCAGAUGAUGUUCUGAAGAUGAUUUCCCAAUGUAAUCAUAAGGUAGAUGCCUCUUCUAAAGCCAAGGAAAUGGAAAACAAGGCAGGAAAUACUAGAAGAUAUGAAAGUGAUUCCACUGAUCACUACAACAAAGAGAACAGAGGAUAUCAUCGAGUUUUCAAGACAAACAUCUGAAAUCAAACUGAAGACCAUAUUGAAGCUUUCACAUUCAUGGAUCUUAUCACCAAAUCAUAACAGGUUCAAAAACCAGAAGGAAGUACUGGUGGGCAGAAAGAGCCAUACUGAGAAAAGGCUUUUUUAAUGGAGAAUAAUUCUUUAUCCAUUAUGUGGAUAAACUUGUUUGAGCUAACACCUUGUGCUUAAUUAUCUACUGACAUUAUUGGCAAAAUGUAUUGAGAGGUUUUAAAUAUACUGCACUUCAAAGAGGAAUGGAGAUCCAUGCACAAGGUGAUAGUUCAGUUGUUUGUUGUGUAGGAUUGCAUUUCCAGUAGGCUGUAAAGAGUGCAGUUAAGUUGUAAUAAAAGGAAAGUCCCGUAUAUUGCUUUAAAAAGUGGCUCUCUCUGGCUGGUCUGGCUGGUCUUGUUUCAGGACUGAGGCUGAAGUCUGGUACUUCAACAGUAUUUGGUAUCUUCGACAGAAACAAGUAAAUUUUUUUUUGUAUUGGAAGAGUAACUCCUGCUUUACUGUUUAAAGCACUUCUGAGCUUUUAGUUCUUUCUGCAGCGCUAAGAUGUAUCUGACACUUUCCUGCAUCAGAAGGACUGUUACCUCUCUGGCAGACAGGCAUUUCCCAUGCAGGUUGUUUCUUUAUAUAUCAACAUAGUAUCAGUGCUAUGCACCUGGUUUAUUUGUAGCCCUGGAAGGUGACUCUGGCUCCCCUGUGAAUCAUUGGAAAAUGUACCAUUGUUGCUGGUUAUGUGUAUCUUCAGCUGUUUGGAAGAAUUUUCUGGCAGGCCUGUAAGUGAUUGCUGCUGCCAUGUGUAUUCCAUUCAGUGCUGGUGUCACUUCUAAAUGUGCACAUCUUACCCUGUAGUAGCUGACCAAGCUGAAGUUCUCAGAGCUGUUUGGCACUCUUUUGGUAGUCAUAGCAAUUAGGAUUUUUUUCUACCAGCACUUUUACUGUUUUCCACUAGAAAACCCAGAUCCAUGCCCUUGUUUGGAGCCAGUUUGCUGUUUCCAGUGUCAGCUAUUCCUCUAAGUGACUCCAGGACUGUUCUUACCAUUUGUCUUCCAGUUGAUGACUGAAAUUCUGUCAUUUAUAUGAGGGCAAACUUACAAUACAUGAGAAGGGAGAGACUGUUCCAGGAGAUGGGGAUAAGUGGAUGUUUACCUGAAGUCAGCUCCACAUUUUUUUAAGUCUUCAGGAUCUGCAAACAUUUAGAGACGUCCACAAGUAUUUCUUCAUUUGCUUAGACUUGUCCUGGUUAAAUCUUAACAAGUAAAGGUGCUUUUUUUCCUGCUAUUACAGUUAUUUUCCAGGAUAAGUGUAUAUCAAAUUAAUUGGAGAAGGUGGUUUUCUACUAGCUCUGACCUGAGCACACAGUCAUUGAAAAUGCUAGUUUCUGUAUUAAUAUGUGACUCUGUGAACUUAAUUAACACUUUUGAAUACUACAUAAAUCUGUCUCCAAUGCUUGGUGUCUGCUAUAAGAACACUAAUUUGUUCUACUCAUCCUCUUCAGAGAGCAAAGGCCAAACCUGCCUCCACCUUCUUCAUAGAUUGAAACCACGUGGUGGGGUGAAUGCUGGUUCUGGAAUUUCAUGGCCUUGAAAAAGUAGAAAGUAUUCUUGCUGCAGAGUAAGAGGGUUUCAACCAGACAGAUUUACCAGCACUAAACAGAGGGAUUUCACAGCCUGCAGUGUCACUCUGCAGCACUUGAUGACUACUUUAGCUAGCAAGCCAGACAUCCUUUUAAAAUGAAAUGAAACAAGCAGCACUACUGUCACAGACCUUGCUGUAUUCCCCCUGCUUUCAACUAAUGAAAUUCACAAAAGGGCUUAGAGAAGUCUUUUACCCAAACUUGAGAGUAACUCAGCACUCCACUGUGCUUUCCUCCAUUAGGGAACUGUGAAGCUGUACCUUGGAGUGCUGGGGUUCUCACUGCAAGGCUCUUGUACCAUUUUGCUUGCCUAUUAAUAUUUUCUGCUACAUAUCAUUAACUAAUAUGAAAGGGAUUCAAUUAAUAUUUUGAGAUACAAAUUAUCUUCGAUAUGACAAUUGAAACCUUAAAAUCUUCUGGUCUACUCAAGCUAUU